AUGAGCUCCUAUUUUGUAAACUCAUUUUGCGGUCGCUAUCCAAAUGGCCCGGAGUAUCCGUUACAUAAUUAUGGAGAUCCGAGUGCCGUGAGCGAGCAAUUCAGGGAAUCGGCCAGCAUGCAUUCCGGCAGGUACGGCGGUUACGGCUACAAUGGUAUGGACCUCAGCGUCGCCCGCUCUGCUUCCAGCCACUUUGCGCCAGGGGGGGCCACAGAGAGGGCUCGCGGCGACAGUUACCCCUCCAGCGCCAGCGCCAACGCCAGCGCCGCUACUCCCGACGCCAGGUACACCAACCGGGCGGCGGCCGCUCACUCGCCUGCGCCUGAGUCUCUGCCUUGCGUCGCCGUGGCCGCCUCGCCUCUGAGCGGCGACGCUCACCAUGGUGGGGGGAAAACCUCCACCGUUAACUCGACCACCAGCACUUCGUCCACGUCCGGCGGCACCGCCAGCGCCGGCGGCACAGCCAGCACCAGCACCAGCCACCUGGGCAGAGAAGGGCUUAGCGCGUCGCCGGUCGCCCAGGAGGAUCCUCCCGGCAACAGCGAGCAGGCGACCGCCCAGCAGAAUGACCCAAACACAGCGCAACAGGCUUCCCAGCCCCAGAUCUACCCCUGGAUGAGAAAACUUCACAUAAGCCAUGACAACAUAGGGGGGCCCGAAGGGAAAAGGGCUCGGACUGCUUACACCCGCUACCAGACCUUGGAGCUGGAGAAAGAGUUUCACUUCAAUAGGUACCUGACCCGCAGGAGGAGGAUUGAAAUAGCACAUGCUCUUUGCCUCUCAGAGAGACAAAUCAAGAUCUGGUUCCAAAACAGGCGCAUGAAAUGGAAAAAGGAUAACAAGCUGAAGAGUAUGAGCAUGGCAGCUGCAGGAGGAGCCUUUCGCCCUUAA